CAAUCGUUUUAUGAGUAUAAUUACAAACCCAUAACUAAAAUCAUGUAUAAAUUGGUUACUCUGGUGGUUCUCAUUACAGUCUCGCAAACUUAUGGUGAGUCUGGUCUCUGUUCGUGGUAUGACACACAUCCCGGUGACGUCAUAGAAAAUGGAGAGGUUUUCAGCCAAAACACCUUUACGGCCGGCCAUAAGUCCCUACGGAUUGGGUCUAUUGUAAGGGUGAUGUGUAAUGGGAAGAUUGAUAUGGUUAUUAUCAAUAGGAGACUAGUCAUUGGCGGGAGUAUACUGACUAUGGACAGGGCUGCCGCUGAAUUUUUCGGUAUCAUCGAUAGUAAGCUCUGUCAGUGCACCGUUACUUCUGUUUGAGUCGACAGUUAAUUGAUCCUGCUACACGCCUAAAACCUUUUUGUAUUUCAAAUACAAUUAAUAGUUAUCUAUAUAAUAAAAAGUU